UCUACUUCACAUAGUCUGAUCCAUCCAAAAAAUAAAAUAAAAUAUUAAACUAUAGAAUAUAAUAUCAAAUAUAUAGAAUUAUGAGAAAGCCUUGUUGUGAUAACAAAGAAGAAAUGCAUAAAGGAGCUUGGUCUAAACAAGAAGAUCAAAAACUCAUUGAUUAUAUCACUAAACAUGGUGAAGGUUGCUGGAGAGAUUUACCUAAAGCUGCUGGUUUGCUUCGUUGUGGAAAAAGUUGUAGGCUAAGAUGGAUGAAUUAUCUUAAUCCAAAUCUAAAAAGAGGAAAUUUUUCUGAAGAUGAAGAUGAUCUAAUCAUCAAGCUUCAUGCUCUCCUUGGCAAUAGGUGGUCGCUAAUAGCAGGAAGAUUGCCAGGAAGAACCGAUAAUGAAGUGAAGAAUUAUUGGAAUUCUCAUUUGAGAAGAAAACUUAUAAAAAUGGGAAUUGAUCCAAAAAAUCAUAGGUUAUCUCAUUAUCUUCACAUAAAAAGACUUGAAUUUCUCCAAGAAAAUAACACAAGAUCAGAAAAUGAUGGAGUAAUAUUUGAUGCUGCAAGUUCUUGUGCUAAUAAAGAUCAACAAAUUACAAGUUCAUUGCUUGAUCUCAAUUCACUUCCAUAGAUAAGAUCGAAGACGUUCUCGAUCAUCUCCUUUGAGAGUUAAUUAAUAAUAUGUACUAUGGUUGAUUUGGAAAUCAUCGUUAUGAACUCUACGUAUUUUAUAAGAAACUUUUUAGAGAAAAGUACAAUGUAUGGUUGUUAUUGGUCUAGUAUUCAUGUUUUGUUAUUGUAACAUUUACUUAUCAAUUU